AUGGUGGGUUUCAAGAAUAGAUACAUGGUGAUGGAGGUUUUCUUGGACCCAAAUCGAGACAUCAAAGGCGAUGGUUCUAUUAUCAUUACGCCGUUCAAUUUGUUGAAAGCGAUUAAAGAUAGCAUUCUUCCGAACUUUGGGGAGUGUUUCUUGGCUUCGUCACUUGGUUCACUGCAAGUCAAGUAUGUGAACCCUAUUUACAAAGAUAUGCAUAAUCAGAAUUUCUAG